GUUGCUAGGAUACCGGGGAUGUUGACGUGUUCACGAACCUUAAAUUGUAUGUAAGCCUUAUUUUAAAGUGUGUAAAGAUGUCCCACACAGAUGGAGACCGCAGUGGACAGAAGUCAAAGGGCGUAUUCUCCACUUUAGUGGCCGACGGGAGUUGGCUGUUCCUCAAAGGAGAGUAUAAGAAGGCCAUAGAGAGCUUCACAGCGGCACUGACUUUAAAGCCUGACGAGAAGAGCUGCUAUGUCGGCCGGUCCAAAUGUUACCUGAAGAUGGGGCAACCUGAAAAUGCCCUAAGAGAUGCUGAAGCUUCACUCAAACAAGACAAGACAUUUUUUGAGGGAUUGUACCAGAAGGCAGAGGCUUUAUACUACAUGGGAGAAUUUGAGUUUGCGCUGGUGUUUUACCACAGAGGACAAAAGCUACGUCCUCAAGAGUUUAGACUGGGUAUCCAAAAAGCACAGGAGGCCAUAGAAAACUCUGUUGGCAGCCCGUCCUCUGUAAAACUGGAGAUUAAGGGAGACCUAUCAUUUCUCCAAAAAGAUGAGGAAAGGGCACAGCCAAUUACUGCUAUUCAGCAACUGACGGCUGACAAUAAACAGCAGACUCAAAAGACGCCUAAGAAUAAGAAGACGACCAAACAGCUGCUUGGAGAGUUUUACAGUGACAAGAUUUAUCUGGAGAACCUGCUGAAAGAUGACGGUACUGUGUCCUUUGACAUAAAUAUAUCUGUGCAUUGUUUUUUUUGUUAUUGUUUGAAAUGUUAUGAUGAAAUAGAGAUUGACUCAGAUUUGGAAUCAGACUUGGUAAAAGGCAAAACAAAGGGAGGGGAACGCCUGCAGGACGUCAUUCAGAGUUGCCUGACAUAUCUCGACACUUGCACUGAGCUGCUGGUCCAGGAGAAACCUAUCAGUGUGCGGCAAAGGGACCAAAAGACAGAGCAACAAAGAGGUAGAAAAUCCCGUUCCAGUGCUGCGUCUGAUCCUGCUCAUUUUCUGAUGAAGAGCCUGGAUGACAUUGAUGCAGAACUUACCUCUGGAAAUGCAGAAGGUAGUCUCAAGAAGGCACAAGACGUCAUGAAGAUGGUACAGAGAUGGUCAGAGAAAGAUGUGCCAGAUAAAAAAGAAGUGUUGGGCAGCCUGCACAGCUGCAUAGGGAACGCUUUGAUGGACCUGGGUGAAAUGGACAAAGCCUUAGACCAUCAUGAGAAAGACUUGGAGUUGGCUAAACAGUGCAACCACUCAGAAGCAAAGUCCAGGGCACUGGACAACAUUGGCAGAGUCUACGCACACACUGGAAAAUUCACACAGGCCAUUGAGUUCUGGGAAAAGAAGAUUCCGCUGCUACGUGGUGGUUUGGAGAAGACCUGGUUAUUUCACGAGAUUGGUUGGUGUUACCUGGAGCUUCAUCGCUACGAAGAAGCUCGAGACUCUGGCCUCCGUUCUCUUGCCGCGGCCGAUGACAUUUGUGAUGAGAAAUGGCAGAUGAAUGCCAACGUGUUGGUGGCACAAUCGCAAAUGAAACUUGGACACUAUGAAUUCUGCGUUGACAGCUUUGAAAGAGCCUUGUCAUAUGCCGCUCUACAAGAAGACGACUCUGCCACGGAGGCCAUUCGGAAGGCUCUUGGUGAAGCGAAACAACACCUAUCACAAUGAAGACGUUUCCGGUCGAGCCUGAUCCACCUUGAAAAGAAGAGUCAUCUCUACAGAAAAUCAUCAUCAAUCAUAGAGAUGUAUGUAUGAUUUAAUUGAGAGCCAUAGAAACAGUUUUUUGACAUUCAGCAGAUGUAUUUGAGUUGAAGAAUGUUUUCAUUAAA